AUGUCGAAAUUCCAACCAUCCUUUGACCUUGACUGGUUCGAUCCACCAGCACAAGUACGAUUUGAUACUUCUCACAUAAUCAAGGAAGAACUUCUUGGCUUCCACCCGUUCAAGCAAUGGGCCGAGACCCUGAUUUCCACCCUCGAACUCCAAAGAACGGAUGUUAAACACCCAUUCCACGCAAACCCAUACACUCUUCAGUCCAUCACCGUCCAGUCGGCUGACUGGUUUACCAAAACUCGCAUCGGAUUCGUGAAACUCUCGGCAGAUAUAAAGAACGACAAGAAUGAAACACUUCCGGGUGUUGCAUUUUUACGUGGUGGUAGCGUUGCAAUGCUCAUGAUUUUGCGUCCUAGCGACUCGAACACCGAAAGAUGGGUCAUCAUGACUGAACAACCGAGAGUACCUGCUGGGAGUUUGCGUUUCCUGGAGAUACCGGCUGGGAUGAUGGAUUUCACCGAUACAUUCGCAGGCGUAGCUGCUAAGGAGAUUGCUGAGGAAACGGGGAUCAAGCUCAAAGCAUCUGAGCUGAAAAAUCUUACCGAAAUGGCUUUGGCAGGAGUUGAUGGAAAAGAUCAUAAUGAGAAGAUGCAAGCGGCUAUGUAUCCCAGUCCGGGAGGCUCCGAUGAGUUUAUUGCAAUCUUUCUGUGGGAGAAGAUUCUCGACAGACAGGAGAUUGAGAACUUGCGAGGGAAGCUCACUGGACUGAGGACGCAGGGAGAAAAGAUCACUGUGAGGAUUUUGGAUUAUGAGCUUCUCUGGAGAGUUGGGGCUAGAGAUGCAAAGACUCUUGCUGCUUGGAGCCUCUACGAAGCUUUGAAGAGAGCAAGACAUGAGGAAUUGAUUGAUUAUCAGUCGUGGUAG